UACAACAACCUCUGAUGUUAAGAUCAAAGGCAGUAUGAAUGUUAAACUAGAUAUUGAUGUCGAUGUGAACAGUAUCACAAUAGAAACCAAUGGUCGGCUCGUGUGGGAUUCUGGUAAAGAAACUAUUGUAAAGACAAGAUAUAUCUAUGUCAAAGGAACAGUAGAGAUUGGAUCAGAAGACUGUAAAUUCAAAGCAAAGACAGAAAUUAUCCUGAAAGGUACAAGAAAUGAAGUUGCUGAUGUAGCAGGAUGUGGUCAGAAGUUUAUUUGUGUAGCAGCAGGUGGUACUCUAGAACUACACGGUGAAGAGAAACUGUCGUGGACAAAACUUGAUAAGACAAUCAAUCCUCUGAACGUUGGAGAUGGGAUGUAUUACCAGCACCAGGGAACAGCUACGGCAAGAAAUGACUGGCGACAGGGCUUAAGGGUGUAUGUGUUUGAUGCCACCUCAAAAAGUGUCAUUAAAGAGUCUGCUUUUUAUCUGUCAGGAACAAACAGUGAAUACACAGUCAGAGAUCUGAAACGAUUUGGACCAUUUAUUGAUAGUAUUGCUGAUGGUAGCAUUGUUGGUAUUGCUUUAUGUAGGCAGUUGGUUGGCACAUCUGACCUGACCAGUAUAUAUGCUAAGAUGGAAUCCCUUGGUGCCAAAAUGAUUAGGGACAUAGAUAGUGAUGAUGCUUAUGCCUUUAUAGCAACUAAAGGCGAUAUGACCUCUGCCAUUGAAGAUAUCAACAAGUCAGCUUAUGAACAACACAUUGCUUCAGUCACUAUGGAUUUGAUAAAUUUAAACCUGAAAAUAAAGAUUGUUAGUCAAGUAAAUACUGGUUCAAGAUCCUAUCAUCUUACGAAGGUUGACUUUACUAUGUGUGAUUAUGACCGGGCGUAUCCUAUAAUAGAUUUGGUAGAUAAUGCCCAGGGUUGGCAUAAAGGUGAUCAGAUAGUAUUUACCUCUACAGACUUUGACAUGGAACAGGCCGAGUUAGGCUUGGUUGACAGUUGUCCUGACUGUGGGCAAAAACAGAUUAGAGCUAGCUUUGCACCAGAGUUUGUACACUGGUCAAAACUAGAGAAUAAUGUUGAUAUGCGUGGUGAUGUAGCUAUAUUGACUAGAAACAUAAAAAUAAGAGGGGAAAUGGAACUUGCUUGCCCCACUGUCAAUGGUAACUGUAACAAUUACAAACAUGAUACAUUUGGUGGACAUGUUAAGGUACUUCGUUAUUUCAAGAAUGUUCAUGUUGAAGGAGUCGAAUUAGAAAACAUGGGACAAGCUACUAGUCUAGGAAACUACCCUCUUCAUUUUCACAUGUGCCAUGACACGGAUGAUGAGAAUUAUUCUAAUCCGCCAUAUCUGAGGAAGAAUUCCAUCCAUCAUUCCUUUGCUAGAUGUAUUACUAUACAUGGAUCACAUGGUGUUACGCUAGAGGAUAAUGUUUGCAUCGACCAUUUAGGACAUGGCAUUUUCCUGGAAGAUGGAGGAGAAAAGAGAACAGUUAUAGAUGGUAAUCUGGUGGCUCUCACACGUAAAGGCAAACUCAUACAUACUGAUGCAAAGCCAUCAUCAUUUUGGAUAACAAAUCCAAAAACUUUACUCCGUAACAAUGUUGCUGCUGGAUCAGAGCACACAGGAAUUUGGAUUAUCUAUCCUAAUGAACCAACAGGACCAUCAAAAGGGUUGGGGUUUAUGGUUUAUGAUGAAGCCAGGCAUACUAAAAUAACGGAGAUGACUAAUAAUGCAGUACAUUCUUCUCGUGACGGUUUAUUCAUCGACGGCAGAAUAAUUGCAGAAAAUGGUGAGCUUAUAGUCAAAGGUACAAAUGUUUAUUACCCUAGAACCAUGCCAACAGAUCCUUCCAACCCUUUGUCAGAAGAUGAUCCAGUAUACAUUGUUAAACAAACAUGUUGGAAGAACAGAUUCAACUCGUGGGUUAGAGGUGGUUUGAUUAUAAUGCAACAAUACUCGUCAGCAGACAGUUCUUCAGGACUGACGUUUGCAGCCUCUACCCCACAAGCACAAAUUAUAGAGAAUAGUGUGUUUAUGGGAGAAACCGAUAAUAUUGGUAAAAAAACAGAAGUUUGGGAUAACAGUAUAAGGAGACUGCGUGAUUACCCACGAUCACUUGUUAUGCCAUGGGAUCCCAAAUAUCCAAUUCAAGGUUUUAUAUUCUACGAUGGUCCUGUUUACUUAGAUGGCAUCUGGUUCGACAAGUUUUCUCCGACAGAGAAUUAUACCAUGGGUGCUUUAUCAUUCAGAAAAAGUAAUAGAUUUAGCAGUUCUCCUGUUAGUGCUGCCAUUAAUAUCAAAUUUAGUUACAGUGAUCCUACAGGUGGAAAUCGUGUUUAUGAUGGUGAUGAGACAGUUCAUGGAUUUGAUAAUUUAGAUGGUGACAAAACCGCCACCUUUAGGGAUGAAGAUGGUACUGUCACAAACUUGGCACCAAUCCAACAAAUUGUCAAACCAGGCCUAUUUUAUACAACGCCGUCAUGUAUAUACCGUAAAAACUGGAAAAUGGCUAUGUGUCCUUACAAGUAUGCAAAGCUUAAUAUCGAUAUUGAUGAAAGUUCUCCAGAACAUGGAAAGACUGAAUCUAUAAUGGUCAGAGAUGAUCAACCUGAUUCUUCAGAGACGCUAUCUGGUGAAAAAACAAAUGAGUUCAUGGCCAUCUUAGGUGGAACCCAUAGCUACACACUACAUUGGAGUAAUGGAAUUCCAAGUAAAUUUGCAAUAUAUACCAAAGGAGUUGAGCUGGACCAAUAUGUAAGAGUUGGUAUAUGUAUGCCAUCUGAUGCCACCUUUAACCUAUUCACAAAAUCCCCCCUCAGGCGGCUUAAAUUGCUUGACUGGACGGAGGUACAAUCUAUCCAAGAACUUGAUAGUGAUACUCUUGGAGACAGAUAUGUUUGGGACAAGUCGAUUGGAAUGUUAUUUUUGAAGUUCAUCAGCUACAAAUCAAGAACAGAUUCUACAACCAAAAAUUGUGAGGGUUAUUGUCCCUAUGUAAAAAUAGAAGUGUUGUCUGGGGAUAGGUCGAAUGGUGAUUGUCGUCAGGCUGCCUACAACAAUCCUGGAAAUUACAGAAAAACAAGCAGUGGUCAAAUGGCUACAGAUACACGAACAUUGGCUGCUACAGAUCAAACACCACCUCAGGGUUGGGGUGCAGGAUCACAGCUUCCGUUCACAUCCAGAAUACCUGUAGAUGGUGGUUGGUCAAGCUGGUCAGCAUUUGAGGAAUGUUCUGUCACAUGCGGAGGUGGAACGCAAUCUCAGUACAGAAGUUGCAAUAAUCCUGCCACUGCAAAUGGUGGCACAGACUGUGUUGGAGAUGGUGUGAAUUCUGUCAGUUGUAAUGAGAAUCCUUGUCCUGUCAAUGGAAAAUUCAGUGAAUGGGGACUGUGGUCAUCAUGUAUCAUGAAUACAGGUUGUCAAGGUUACAGAGAAAGUGUAAGGUCCUGCAAUACUCCAGCUCCUCAACAUGGAGGAAUACAUUGUACUGGUUCCAUAAAGAAACAAGAAGCUUGCAACAACUGCACCUGACCAGCAUAUAAGUGACCAAGGACCAUUAUAAUCCUUUUUAUUAUUUAAGUUUAAUGACAUUGCAUUUACAAGUUGAAUGAAUAAAGAAACUUGAAAUAUCAA